AUGCUGCAGCCAGCGCGAGCCCCUGGCCUGGGGAGCUGGCACUUGCUGAGCCUCCUGCCCGUGCUCCUGGUUCUCCUUGGCAUCACCUGGGCAGAGGUGCAGCCGUUCCAGCUGCAGGAGAAGCCGGCUCUGGUGAAUGGAGCCAUGAGCCGGAAGGAGGACUUUUUGCUGCUCUCGCUACACAACCGCCUGCGCAGCCGUGUCCACCCGCCUGCAGCCAACAUGCGGAGAAUGGACUGGAGCGAGAGCCUGGCCCAGCUGGCUCAGGACAGAGCAGUCCUCUGCGACGCCCUGGCCCCCAGCCUGGCAUCGGCCCUACGCCAUGUCCCUCAAGUGGGCUGGAACGUGCAGCUGCUGCCCGCGGGCUCAGCGUCCUUUACAGACGUGGUCAGCCUGUGGUUCGCAGAGGGGCAGUGGUAUAGCUAUGCAGCAGCGGAGUGUGCCCCCAAUGCCACCUGCACCCACUACACGCAGCUCGUGUGGGCCACGUCAAGCCAGCUGGGCUGCGGGCGGCAUCGCUGCUCAGGGGGCCAGGCCGAGAUGGAGGCCUUUGUGUGUGCCUACUCCCCGGGAGGCAACUGGGAGAUGAAUGGGAAGAUGAUUGUCCCCUAUAAGAAGGGCACCUGGUGUUCACUGUGCACAGCCAGCGUCUCAGGCUGCUUCAAAGCCUGGGACCAUGCUGGAGGACUCUGUGAGGUCCCCAGGAACCCAUGCCGCAUGAGCUGCCGGAACCAUGGAUACCUCAAUGUCAGCACCUGCCACUGCCAUUGUCCUCCUGGCUACACUGGCCGAUACUGUCAAGUGCGGUGCAGCGUGGGGUGUGUGCAUGGCCAGUUCCGGGAAGAGGAGUGCUCCUGCGUCUGUGAGGUCGGCUUCGGAGGUGCCCAGUGUGACACCAAGGUGCACUUUCCCUUCCAUACCUGUGACCUGAGGAUCGAUGGGGACUGCUUCAUGGUGUCCUCGGAGGCAGACACCUACUAUGGAGCCAAGAUGAACUGCCAGGCAAAAGGCGGGGUGCUGGCCAGGAUCGAGAGUCAGAAAGUACAGGACAUCCUCGCCUUCUACCUGGGCCGCCUAGAGACCACCAACGAGGUGACUGACAGCGACUAUGAGACCAAGAACUUCUGGAUUGGACUCACCUACAAGACCGCAAAGGACGCCUUCCGCUGGACCACGGGCGAGCACCAGUCCUUCACCAGCUUUGCCUUUGGACAGCCUGACAACCAGGGCUUUGGCAAUUGCGUGGAGCUGCAAGCCUCGGCCGCCUUCAACUGGAAUGACCAGCGCUGCAAAACCAGGAACCGUUAUAUCUGCCAGUUUGCUCAGGAGCACAUUUCCCGGUGGGACCCUGGGCCCUGA